AUGCUACGCAUCGUCUUGGAAAUACUUAAAAUGGUCGUUCUCCCAACACCCAAGUUUCCUCUAUUACAUACACCUACCAACGUAUCUCGCAGUUCAAAAAGUGGCGAUUCUUUAUUUUCAACCCCAACGCUCUUUUCCUCUACUCUAAGUCUGUACCUCGCCUUCGCAAACAUGUGUACGGAAACCAACUAUAUCCUCAGAUGCGAGCAUGUCGCUACGGGAGUUGACAUGUGUCCAGAAAAUACCCGGGGAGUGGCAAGUCUAUGCAAGAACUACAAGCUAGAAGAAUUGAGGUAUCCAUUUACUCUGGGUAAAAAUCCACCUGCCUGCCCGAAAAGCCCGGCUUGUCCGUUCGAAGUUCGAGGCGGCUAUUGGAACUGUUGCUGGUGUGGGAAGAUAUGGAACACAACAGGCCGCUGCGGAUGUCGAAUGGUGGCCCACGACCACGAGUAUUUUUGCGAACACAUAUGCUGUGACAAUUGUGGGAAGGGUAGCCAUCUCCUUUGA